UUUCCAUCCCACUCCUCAUUUCUCUUCUCCUUCUCUAUCUUCUUCCCUCCUCUUCUCCUUCUCCUUCUUCGUUCUUGCUUCCUUUUUUUCUUCCCUCCAUUCUUCUCUGAUUUCAUCAUGUCGCAGUCGGACGGCGCGGGAUCGAGCCGCCGCACAUCCAGUCGGCCGCGCCAACGCACCGCCGCUGCCGAGUCCGCCCUCCUCUCCAGCGAGCCGGAUCUUGCCGCAACCCCGCCCUCGCUCGGCACCCCGACGUCCUCGGCCCGCGGCGGCGCAGGGUCCCGCGGCUCACCACGCAGCAGCGCACCAGGCGGCUCUGCCAGCCAAACCAGCGAUCGCAGAAUUGAUCCAGACGGUCGCUCGGGGCGAUCGUUUGCCUCCGACAUGAGCUCGCCGUUGCCGUAUGGCGCAGCGAGCACACCAGUACUGAGCCAGCUUGCCACGCCCGGUGGCUCGGGUCGCGUUCGUGCAGAGCUCGGAUCGUCAACGCGCCUCCGUGCUGUCGUGACUGGUGGCCCCAGUGCCGAGGGUGGAUCUGACGUCAAUGCUCUCCCUGGCGACCGCGCACCUGGUGACAAUGCGGCGUCGCGCACCGUCAUUUGGGGAACCAAUGUGAACGUCCAAGAGACGAUGGAAACGUUCCGUGCCUUCCUCAACGACUUCGUUGUGCCUGACCAGACGGGACAGCCCUUCUACCUGCACGUGCUGGAUCAGAUGGCUGUAUCAGAAGCUCGCUAUUUGAACCUGGAUGCUAGUCACUUGCGCGAAUACGACUUGACGCUCUACACAAACAUGUGCUCCUUCCCGCAGGAAGUGGUGCCCAUGUUUGAUUAUGUCGUCAGCUCCCUGUCAGCGGAGCGCUUUGGCGAAGAGGGUGAUGUGAACAUUCAGGUUCGUCCCUUCCGCCUGGAACGUUCGAUUGGUGUCCGCGAGCUGGGACCGCGCGAUAUCGAGGUUCUUGUCAGCGUGCAAGGCAUGGUGGUGCGCACUUCAUCCGUGAUUCCUGAUUUGAAGUCGGCAUUCUUUUGCUGCAUCUCCUGCAAGGCGACUGAGCGCGUUGAGGUGGAUCGCGGUCGGAUUGCGGAGCCGCUCGUCUGCAAGCGUUGCAAAGUCAGUCGAACCAUGGAGCUCAUCCACAACCGCUGCAUAUUUGCCGAUAAGCAGAUGAUUAAGCUUCAAGAGAAUCCAGAAAUGAUUCCGGAGGGUCAGACACCGUACUCUGUGUUGAUGUUUGCGUACGAUGAUCUCGUGGACAGCGUUCAGCCAGGUGAUCGCGUGGAAGUUACUGGCAUCUAUCGCGCAACGCCAAUGCGCGUCAAUCCUCGUCAACGGGCGCAGAAAGCCCUGUUCAAAAUCCACAUUGAUGUCAUCCACUUCCGAAAGACCGACAAGCGUCGCUUCCAGCGGACCGACACUGCCGAUCAGACCGCGCCAGUCUUAGAGGAGGACACUGAAAACGUCGUCAACUACGGUGCCAAUCAAGUCGAGAGACUCGUUGCUCUGUCUCGCACACCCGACAUCUACGACCGACUGACAAAAGCGCUGGCACCUGGCAUCUGGGAAUUGGACGAUACAAAACGUGGGCUGCUGUGUUUGCUGUUUGGCGGUGCUCCGAAGUCUCUAGCGGCUCAUGGACGAGCGCGAUUCAGGAGCGAUCUUAACAUCUUGCUUUGUGGCGAUCCUGGUACCAGUAAAUCGCAGCUCUUGCAGUACGUGCACAAGAUUGCUCCGCGAGGCAUUUACACAUCAGGCAAGGGCUCGUCGGCUGUCGGUCUGACCGCCUACGUGACGCGCGACCCUGAAACUCGGCAGUUGGUGCUCGAAAGUGGCGCGCUCGUGUUGAGUGAUGGCGGCGUCUGCUGUAUUGAUGAGUUUGACAAAAUGCCUGAGGCUACCCGAUCCGUUCUGCAUGAAGCAAUGGAACAACAAACCAUCUCCGUUGCCAAAGCCGGUAUCAUUUGCUCGCUGAACGCACGAACUUCGAUUCUUGCUGCCGCCAAUCCCCGCGAGUCUCGCUGGAACCCUCGCGCGUCCAUUGUUGAUAACAUUCAGUUGGGCCCAACGCUACUUUCUCGAUUCGAUUUGAUCUACCUCAUUCUGGACACACCGAACGAAAUUCUUGAUCGUCGUCUGGCUCGCCACAUUGUGUCGUUGUAUCAAGAAUCAGGCGAAGAUCGAACUGAAGACGGCAUGUCACUCGAAACUCUGAGCGAGUACAUUUCCUACGCACGCAAGCACUUCAACCCGGUCCUGACGAACGAAGCAGCGCUCUUGCUCGUUGCUGGCUAUGUUGAGAUGCGCAAGGCUGGUGGAAAUAAGCACACUAUUACCGCCACGCCCCGACAGCUCGAAUCGCUCAUUCGCAUUUCUGAAGCGCUUGCCCGCAUGCGCUUUUCCGAGACUGUCGACGAGGGCGAUGUUCAUGAAGCCUUGCGUCUGGUGCGAGUUGCGCUUCAGCAGGCAGCCACAGAUCCAUCGACCGGUUUGGUCGAUAUUUCUCUGUUGACCACUGGUCAGAGCACAUCGGCGCGCAGCGUCAUUGUUGCUGUUUCCGAAAUCAUGCGUGAAAUUGUGUAUGAUAUGAAGGAGCCGGCCAUGACCACCCAUCAAAUGAUGACACAGGUGCAAAGCCGCACAGAUAUUAUCGUCAAUCCCGAGCUGAUCAGUGCCGCAGCGUCCAUUCUUCAACGCGACGGUGUCCUGUUAUUCUCCGAAGAUCAGAGAAUUCGUCGUUUGUAAUCGAAUGGCUGCAGUUUCCCUCCAGUGCUUUUGUUUUCUAUUUGCUUUCGAUGCUUUGUUUUUCUCUUCUUUUGAGCUUUCUUGUUUCAUGUCGAGUUUGCGAUGGUGAUGUCUUUUUCCGUCGAAUGAAGUUUGUC